AUGUUGUAUAUUCUGGACCAACGACUUCGGGCGCAGAAUAUCCCCGUCGACAAAGCGAAGAAAGUUAUGAAUGACAUCAUCAGCACAAUGUUCAACAAAAAGUUCCUGGAGGAGCUUUUUAAACCACAAGAGCUCUACUCCAAAAAGGCCCUGCGCACAGUGUUCGACCGGCUGGCCCACGCAUCCAUCAUGAGACUGAACCAAGCCAGUAUGGACAAGUUGUAUGACCUGAUGACCAUGGCCUUCAAGUACCAGGUGCUGCUGUGUUCGCGACCCAAAGACAUUCUUCUCGUUUCCUUUAACCACAUGGACGCCAUCAAGGACUUUGUAAACGACAGCCCAAGUAUUCUCAGUCAGGUGGAUGAGACAUUUCGACAGCUUAUCGAGAUGUAUAGCUCUUUGUCGAGUGGGGAAUUCCAGCUCAUCCGACAAACUCUUCUCACAUUUUUUCAGGACAUGCACAUACGAGUCUCCAUUUUUCUUAAAGAUAAAGUGCAGAACUCAAACGGUCGCUUUGUACUUUCCACGAGUGGCCCUGUGCCCAAUGGAGCUCAGGUGCCCGGUUUGAUCAGGAUAUUCAGUUGCGCGGGCGAUGAGGUAACCAGGUUGCAGUUCAACAACGGCGGGAACUAUACGUCAGCACUACGAGAAGGCUCUUUUGAAAUCUUUGGAGAACGCGUCACCAAAUUAGGCACAAAUAUGUAUAGUGUGUGUCGUCCUGUUGAAACACAUUUGUCUGGAACCUCAAAGAACUCAGCCCAACAUCAGAAGGUCAGCGCUGUCCCGAACCCUUUGGCCAAAGAGGAACUGAACCUGCUGUCGAGUUUAAUGGGUGGGUUGGAAGUUCACCGAGGAGGGAAUGCAGACAGCGGCUUUCGAGUCAACCUGUUCAAUACAGAUGAGGAAGAGGAAGAGGCGUUCUCCUCCAGACCAGAUGAGCUUUGUUAUGGAGUCAUAAGUAUUCAGGCCACAAAGGACGAACAGGUCGAUGCUGAACUCACCAAGAUAAUGGGAGAGUUUUCAGACUCCACUGAUCAGUCUCCAAAUGCAAGCAGCAAAGGAGACGACCUGUUGGCCAUGAUGGACGGACUGUGA